UAGAGCUGUCAAAAUAUUUUGUUGACAAGCCAGGCUACAGUUUGUAUCCCGAGUUUCUUUCAAUGAGGGGAAACACCUUGUAUUUUCUUUAUUGACAUCGAAAACAGAAUGUUGCUCUGUUGCCUAAAUGAGUAAAACUAAAUGAUGAUUAGCGAUUCAUAAUGAAUCAUUGGUUGUUUAUUUCUGAAUGACAAAUUUGUAAUUGAUAAAAAAACAUUCUUGUAAGGUGACCAAGCAACUUUCAGUUUCAUAAACAUCAACAUGGCUGAAGAUUCACAAGAUAUGGAGACGAAGUUUUGCAAAAAUUGUAAAAGAGACAUCAGUGCAGUUAAUUUUGUUAUGCAUGAGAUGCACUGCAUGCGAAACAUUACCUUAUGUAAGCACUGCCAAGAACCUGUACCCAAGGGAGAAAUUGAUAUACAUUUUGAAGAAACUCAUGCCAAGAUUGCCUGUGAGAAAUGUGGUGUACAGGUAGAGAAAAGUGUCCUAGAAAAACAUGAGGAGGAGGAAUGUCUCAAAAGAUCAAUGAAAUGUUUAUACUGUGAGCUGGAGAUGCCAAAGAAUGAAUUAGACAAUCAUUUAGAUUAUUGUGGGACGAGGACAGAGGAAUGUGUAAAAUGUGGACAAUUCAUCAUGAAAAAAGAUGAUUUAAAACAUGAAGAAAGUAACUGUACUUACCCUACUCCAAAACCCUUGACAGAUAAUACAUCAAGUCGAAAUCACACUAAUGGAGGCAGCAGUGUUUUAUUACCAGAUCAAAUGUAUAGAACUGAACUUGAUCCAUUUAUGUUUGAAGAAAUGAACAGAAUUUUACGAUCAGAGGAUAUAUUAGGUGCAGCAGGAGGACCCUCUAAUCCUAUUGUUAAUGACACACGACGUGAUAAAAUGAAAUUUACAAAGAGCAAAACUAAUAAAAAAUCAGAAGUUAAUAAGCAAAGAGAGAGAACAAAUCAGAGAUCCGAGCCAGUAGUUGAUCCCCGAUCCAAUCCAGUAAAAAACAGCAGCCAGGAGGAGCGAGACAGACUGUUAGCCAUGCAUCUUAGCCAAGACCUCAAUGAAGAGGAUAACCUUCAAGACAUUAUCAGGCACCUUGAUAAACCAUCAGUAGUACCAAGGGGAGGGAACUCCUCCAAUAGACUUGACAGGAAUGUUUCUGAUAGUUACGACAUUGAACCUGAUCAUGCAGAUAUAUCAUUGUUACCGUGUGAGUUUUGUGGAGAACCUAUUCCCAUAGAUGACCUAGUCAAUCAUCAAAGCCAUUGUACAGAUGACCCACUAAGCUCUCUGAUGCCACAGUCACAGAUUAAUAAUAGAGAUGAUCCUGGAUGGAGCUCAGGAAGAAUAGCUCAAGAAACUACACCACUUCAGCUGGAUAACAGAUUGAGAUCUCAAGAAACUACCCGACAUCAACCGUCUGUGAUAAAUAAUCUAGAUUAUGGAGUUACACAGAAUAUGUGGGCUGGUGAUGUUAACAAUGAAGAUAUACAUGGAAUGAUGGAUGUAGAUAGACAUGGACCUGAUAGUGAUAACUUUAUGCUUCCCUGUGAAUUCUGUGAUGAACUCUUUCCACAAGAUGUUCUUGUACAACAUCAGGCUGUAUGUGAACCGAACAGUUCCAUGACACCUAGAGUUGCCUCCCCUGCUGUACAACGCCCACCAAAGAAACAGAAUAAUGAACCUAUGUUACACUCUGAUCGAUAUCAGCCCCCUUCAAACUUAAGUGACAUUUUACGAAAUAGUAGUAGAACAUCGAAUACACGAACAGGAAGUAGUGCCAGUAAAGACGAACCGCCAUCCAAACAUUUGAGGGAAACAUUACAUAAAUAUGGUGUUGAUAUGAAAGAACCCAAAAUUCCCGGUCGUAGGUACUCGUCUACACAUGAUAGUGAUGAGGAAAAUCAUACAACACCUAAAAGAUUAGGUCAACCAAAGCACACGGAUAGUUCUGUACGGACAAGAAAUACAUUAGAAAAUUUACUUUCGCCUGACCAGCCUAGUCCAACUUUCGAUUUUCUUGGACAUAUAAAUGGUGGUAAACGUAAACAAAGUAAAGAUAAUAUAAACGUCUCUCGGCAGAAUCAUAGUCCUGGAUAUACACCGUCUUCUCUUUCAGGAGCAAGAGGAGACACAAAGGUCAGUAAACCAGUAGGUACCAGUAGGAAUGUAAGACGAGAUCAAGACGGCUUUGGUUUUGGUGUAGAUACAAGAACUAACAGAACUAGUACAAGGCCUACAGCAGAUAUCACACCAACCACAACAAGUAGGACUCGGUAUCAACCUGGCUCUACUCAACCUCGCACAACAGCACUGGAUUCUUCAGGAAACAGUAGGAGAAAUCGUGCUGCAGUUUUUGAUAAUGGUAUUAACCGAAACAAUAAACCACCCAGUAGAAGACAUCAAGACCAGCUGUAAUAGUGAACAAUGAUAUACAUCAUAAACAAACUGUUGAAAACAUUAUGGGGCCUUUUUAGAAUUUUUGUUUAUUAUAUAAUGCAGAUUAAAAAAAAGACAUGUGUAAACUUUUCCAGUCAGACCUUGCUGUAGGUACUCCAUCUUUUGUAAUAACUUGUUAAUGAUAGUAAGGGCUAUUCCAUUGAAAUGUUUGUGGGAGGGUAGCAUACCUGCCAACUUUUGAAAAUGCCCAUGGGGGUUUUAGCGCGCGACAACAAUUUCAAAGUUUAAAAUUCUUUGCGACGACUAUUUGCGCGUGCUGUUUUGUAGUCUAGUAAAAGUGUCAUAUUUGCAUGAUUUGUAAGAUCAGCUUACAUCCCUUUUUUUUAAGUUUAUGUGCAUGAUUCUAGUUAUUAUAUCAGCAGAAAAUAUGAACAUGUAGCUGUAAGACCAGGCAUUAUUUUCAUGUGUAAGGAUACUAAAUAGUUGUUGACUUUUCCAAUUUAAAAUUAUACACAAAGAAGGACCUUUAUCAGGUUGGGAACAACACAUAGG